CUUGCCCUAGCGCAGCUUCUCUCUCGGACAGAAUCUAUAGUGACCCUACACAAUGGUGGCGAUAACAAUGCAAAGCAAGAACACAUACACAAUCAGAGGCACCAAAAAGAUCGUUAGAGCUGGAGACUGUGUUUCGCUACGCCCAACCGUAGCGAGCAAACCGAUCAUGGCUCGCAUCGAGAAGAUCGAGUCUGAUAACAUGAACCGCACAAGGGUUCAUGUUAGAUGGUACUAUCGACCGGAAGAAGCGAUCGGAGGACGCAAAUCGUUUCAUGGAGAGAAGGAGCUGUUUUUGUCUGAUUAUCAUGAUGUUCAUAAUGCUGACACCAUUGAAGGGAAGGUUUUUGUGCACACUUUGAAGAGAUACACUAAGCUUGCGACUGUUGGUGCUGAAGAUUACUUUUGUAGGUUUCAGUACAAAGUUACUACCGGGACUUUUAAACCUCGUCGCGUCCCUGUGUUUUGUAAAUGUGAAAUGCCUUAUAACCCAGAUAGGUUUAUGGCGGUGUGUGGGACAUGCGACGAAAGGUACCAUCCUGAGUGUGUGGGUAUAACUCUUGGAAAAGCCAUGAGAUUGCAGGGGUUAGGAUUUGCUUGUUCUGAUUGUUAUCCAUCUGAUUGUGAUUUGAAUUAGGGACACAUUAGAUGUGGAUAUUGGAGACUGGUUUUGAAAAGUUGAUUUGUUUUUUAAAGGAAAAUAGAUGAACCCUUUGAGGAGCUAGUUGUGGUUGGCAAUGUAUUGAAGCUAAGACUUGUUAGCAUGGAAGUUGUCUCCUUGUAUUUUAUGAUAAUAAUGUUGUGGAUUUGACAUGUGUUUUUGUUUGAUCUAUUCCUUUUGUUUCCGACAUGG